AUGCGACAAUGGAUGAUGAAUCAUCAUGAUCUUGAUCAAAACAUUGAUGCUAAAAAAAUCAAACAAGGAGUGAAAGAUCAAUUUCAAUCAUCAUUAACACAGAUGACUCUCUAUGCAUUAGGCGAACAUACCACUGCACAAAUAGGUGAACUCUGUUAUGGUGAUAUGAAUGAUGUGUUCAACGUACCUGAAGUGAAUCCAAAUGCUGAAUUAAUAUUACCACCAUGUCCAAUAAGUCAACAAGAAUCGAAUUGGCCAUUAUUAGUUGCAUCAAAAGAAUUUUUUGAAGGUGCAAUGAUCAAGCGAAAUCAACCAACAUCAACAACAGCAGGUUUAACAUCAAAUAUAUCAACAAAACUUUCUGCAAAUCUUCAUAUUGAUGAAACAGCAACAAGUGGCGGAGAUUGGGCUGAUGAUGAAGUACAAAUUUAUUAA